AUGGUAGAUCGUAGGGCCUCUUCGUUUGUUCAACAGCAUCCCCCUUCUCUUGCACAGUCCUCUGCCUCAUCCGUCAAUCCUGCAUCGACGCCGCCCUUACGUCCAGUGGCAAGACGUAGCGUUAGUGGCAGUGUCAAUACUGGCGGCCUCCCCUCCUUCACUCCUGCCGACAGUCGAGUGAGCAAUCGAAGUCCGCUUGCACCGCAACGCUCGGCUACUACCAUGUCCAAGGUAGAUCAAAACGCCUGGCCCGAGCCUGCUGGCACCGCAUCGUCCGGCAGCCCGUCCAGUGUCUGGAAUGGCCGUCCACCGUCCACCAUGGACGGCGACGCGGUCACCACCGCCUCUGCUUCCAACGUCAGCACCCCAGGUCGUAGCACCACGGCCCUCGAUGCCAAGGAGGCGACUUCCAACGCUUCCGUCUACACACCAUCUCCGCUCUUACCGCAGGAAGGCUCUGCCUGGUCCAUAGGUCGUCCCGGAUCCCUCACCUGGGGCAAUGAUCUCGCCACGAGGUCAAACACCUCAGAGAUCAUCACCGACUCUGCCGCGUCAAGUCCGAGUGCAGUCAAGCGCGCCACCACCAACGACACCACAGCUAUCACAAACGACUUCCAGAAAGAUGCAGCGUCCGCCGGCAAGGAGGAUGCGCGACCGUCGGUCUCGCCAAGCACCAGCAAGAAGACAGCCGCACCCGUCCCCAAACGCGCACCGAUUCGCUCGGCGACUUUGGACCCCAAACACCUCGCAGCAAAUCGGAGGCUCAGCAGUGACAGCGACGACGAGUUAGCAUCUGGACAGACUGCCGCUGACGAUGAUGAGCAGCUGGUCGCCGGCGUCAGCUCCCUCAACAUCACCACUACGGACACCGCUCCACAGCAGCCUGGAUACAACUCGCCGCCUGCCUUCAUGGUUCCAAAUCAGUACGCCGCUCGUGCCUCUGCUCCCUUUCCUCCACCACCUUUCAGCCCUGGCGAAGCGUUCAUGAAUCCCUCGCCGUAUCUUCCAGGCAGCGGAGCUCGCUCGCCGGAUGGAUAUACGCAUGCCUUCCCGGGUGUCGCAAACAUGAUACCUGGCAUGGCUCCGAUCGACAUGUCUGGCUACGAAUCCUACCGCACGACGCCAGACCCAUACGCACCCACCAUGCCUGGACGCGCCAUCUUUGCAUCACCCGGCUCACAAGGGUCCACACCUCAGAGUCCAUCGUUCGGACCUGCACCGCUCGGGCCCCACUUCAACCCUGCGAUGCGCAACGGAGAGGCACUUUUCUACCCUGGCAUCGUUCCAGGCUUCGGCCCGCCGCCAACGAUGGCUGGAGGCAUGGCGUCGCCCGUAAGGCCAGGUAUGACCGCAGGACCCGGACAUUAUGGCUUUGGUCCCGGGCCUGGAGCUGUCGACGCACGCGGGUCGCAGCUCGCACAAUCGCCCAUGAUGGCCCCUGGCAUGCCGAUGCCUAUGGGUGCGAUGAUGAUGCCGCCUACGAGCCCCGCCAUGAGUGCUUCGCAAAUGUCUUCGGGCGGACCCGAUAGUCGCAGCUCACCAAGCUUGUCGCAGUCCUUACCCUAUCAGCCGGGACCGCAUCGCAGAAUGGGAUCGACGGGCCCCGAGCCUUUUGUUCCAGGUAUGGCCAUGUCUCCACGACCUCCGUUUGGCAUGACGGGUCAAGCAGGACCAUUUGUACCGGGUCAAGCCUCGAUGCACGGCAUGAUGGGAGCUGCACCCAUGCACGCCUCUAUGAUGCCGUGGAACGGGCGUUUCCACGACCACCGUCGCGUGCCUACAGGUCCAGGUGGCGUGAUGGCACCCGUCGGCGGCUACGCCGUGGGAGGGGGACCGAUGGAUCCGCACUACGGCCGCAAUGGUGCCGGAUUCUACGGUGGUGCACCUUUUCACCCGUCAGGAGGGAACGGCGUUGCUGGUCCCAGCAGCAGCAAUGGCGGUGGUGGACCGAACAGCCAUACACGCAGCCCGCUUCUGGAAGAAUUCCGCAGUCGCCACGCCAAGAAUCGCAAGUUCGAGCUAUUCGACAUUUACGGUAGCUUGGUCGAGUUUAGCGGCGAUCAGCACGGCAGCCGCUUCAUCCAGGAGAAGCUCGAUACGGCGUCGGCCGAGGACAAGAAGGUGCUCUUCGACGAGGUCUUGCCGCACGCACGCCAGCUCAUGACGGAUGUGUUUGGAAACUAUGUGAUUCAGAAGAUGUUGGAGCAUGGGGAUGAGGAGCAGAGGGAUGUAUUGGCGAGGGAGAUGGAGGGGCAUAUUUUGACCUUGUCGUUGGGGACGUAUGGGUGUCGAGUGGUGCAGAAGGCGUUUGAUCACAUCUCGGCGGUGCAGGGGGAGAAGCUGGCCAAGGAGUUGGAUGGACACAUCAUGCAGUGUGUUCGCGAUCAGAAUGCCAACCAUGUGGUGCAGAAGGUGAUCGAGAGGGUGGAUGCGGACAAGAUCGAUUUCAUACCGCGGACGUUUGUUGGACACGUUGCCGGGUUGGCUGGACACUGUUAUUCGUGCAGGGUGUUGCAGAGGACGUUCGAGUACUGUAAGAAGGAGCAGACGAGGGUGUUGUUGGACGAGUUGUUGGGCGAAGCGGUGGAGUUGAUGCAACAUCAGUAUGGGAAUUAUGUGGUGCAGUGGGUGUUGCAGAGGGGAGAGGAGGGGGAUAGGAGGGAGGUGGUGGGGAGGAUCAAGGGCAAGGUGUUGGUGUUGUCGAGACACAAGUUUGCGAGCAAUGUCGUGGAGGAGGUGGUGCGGACUAGUGAGGGGAAAGAUAGGGAUGAACUGUUGGAGGAGAUUUUGACGCCGAUCACGGGGGCGGGGGAGGGGAAGGACCAGACGAACAUCGUUCCGGCGGUGCUGAUGAUGAAGGACCAAUUCGCGAAUUAUGUCCUGCAGAGGUUCUUUGAGAUGGCGGAUAGGGAGCAGAGGGGCAGGUUGGUGGAGGUGCUCCAGCCGGCGUUGGUGGGGGCAAGGAGGUCGAGCGUUGGCAGCGCCGGUGCAGCUGGGGGAGGAGUGGCGGCGCAUACGGCGAAGCAUCUGGUGGCCAUCGAGAGGCUUAUCGAGGGGUAUCAGGCUGAUGCUGAAGAGUGA